CCCGACCAGGUUUUGAGUUUAGCCGAAGUUACCAUGGUGACAGAGCUGCUUUAAAAGAGAGCUGCUGAACACGUAAGUCCGGCUUUCAAAUCAACACAGCUCGCUAACCCACUAAACUCGCUUCGCCGUAUACCCUCUAGCUCUUUGACAGUGGGAUCAAACAUUGAGAAACAAUAUUAAAGAGCUAUCUUGGAUUGCGCUACAUUAGCCUGGCGUGCCUAAUGGUAAGGGGCUCGUGUGUCUAACUUAAAAACGUCACGUCUAAGUUCAUGCUGACAUAUUAAUAAAAACACACCUUAUUAAGUCAAAUGAAGUAUUCGAAGAGACUACUUUCCUCCAACAUUUCCCUGGGUUUAAACUUGGCAUGCUAGCGUUAUCUUUAGCCUAGCAUGAACAGCUCUCCUCUCCUUUAGUACGCAACCGCGCGCGACUGAUUGCUCUGCUCUCGCGCGCGCGCUCUCGCAGUGACGUCACCACACGCUCCAACUAUGGAGCGAGCAGGGCGCCCGACUUGAGCGCACAUAGCGGUGGAGCUCCGCGGGAGGAAGUCCACGCAGAAAGAGAGACAUUGACACAAGACUGACGAUGAAGAGAAAAGCAAAUGGAAAAACCUCAGGUUGCUUUCAUGGAAGAAAAAGACAAAGUUAAAUCAUUUCUAAAGUGACACUAAAUUGGCUAAAAGGAGUCUGUGCUGGGUUCACUGACCCGUUUUUGGAUGUAGUCAAGAUGACUUAAGUGGAUCUAGUUUGCCCCUUACUCGGAUCCCCACCAUCAUUAUCACCACCCUCUUCUUCCUUCCCCGCCGGGAUGGUUCGCCUGCUCAGCUGCCUCCUGCUCGGAUACGUAACUUGGAACUUGCGGAUCUCUGACGCCCAGGGGGAGUACUGCCACGGCUGGCUGGACGGUAACGGCAACUACCACGACGGUUUCCAGUGCCCGGAGGACUUUGACACGUCCGACGCCACCGUAUGCUGCGGCUCAUGCUCGCUGCGCUACUGCUGCGCUGCCGCGGACGCUCGCCUGGAGCAGGACGGCUGCACCAACGACCGGCCCGUGGACAACACUGAGUAUGCUGCACAGCCUGUCUACAUGCCCUUCCUCAUGGUGGGCAGCAUGUUCGUGGCCUUCGUGGUGGUGGGCUCUCUGGUGGCCGUCUACUGCUGCACCUGCUUGCGUCCCAAGCAGCCCACCCAGCAGCCCAUCCGCUUCUCGCUGCGCAGCUGUCAGGGAGAAACCAUCCCCAUGAUCCUCACCGCCGCGCCGCCCAGCAUCCGCGCCCCUUCGAGGCAGUCCAGCACGGCCACCACCAGCUCCAGCUCGGCGGGGGGUGGCAGCUCCAUGAGGCGGUUCUCCAUCGGCGGGCAGCAGCAGCAGCACGGUUGCCUGGUGUCGGCCGCCAUCUCCUCUCCGGCUUCUACUCCUACACAGACGCAUCAGACUUUGCCUCCGCCACCGCUGCCGCCCCCUUACGCAUCUCCUCAUGCCCUACCCUCCGGCCACACUCCCUCACACCCCCCUCAGGGCACCGGCUUCCUGCUGCCCCAGCAGUACUUCUUCCCCUUGCAGCCAGACCCCUUUGCUUCUGCUAAAGGAUUUGCCGACUUUGGGCAAAGUUGACAGUGUUGGACGGGGAUCUGUUUGGAGGACUUCUACGCACUUUUGUAUAAUAUGUACAGAAACGACACUUUCUACAAGACAUUCCGGAACCAGGGGAUUCUAUUUUUGACAAUCCUAAGGACAUCUGAAAGAUGUUUUUGGUUUAUCAGUAGACCAAAGCGGAGGCUCCCACCUCUCAGCAGACUUCACAGCAGGAAUGCGGCGCUGAGAUCUGUCAUUGUCAGUGCUCAACGGGCCUGUCGGUGGAGGCUUAGGUUGCAUCAACAGGUAGCGACUGGAAAAAAGGACUCCUCUUGUGUGUGCGGCGCCAUUGCUUACCCGACUGUGAAACAGAGCCGGGAAUCAACGCCGGACCGUCUUCCCUUGACGCGUUGCCGUCGUAGCAACCUUGAUUGUCAGCAUUUGUCACAUUCCGCCUGCAGCUCUUGUCUAUUCUUGUCAGUUUGUAUCAUCUUCUGCUUUUCUUGCAAAAUACACCUUUCUCAUGACCUCUACCAAAUAUCUUGGCUGCCUCUUUUUGCGUGAGGAAUCACUCAUUUUGUUAUCCUCAAGAAGGAAAUGGUGGGUCAUACAUUUUCCCUCAUACACCAAAUGAGCAAAAGUAUUGGGACAUCCGGCAUUAAACCUCAAGGUAGUGAAAAUAGAUGAGUUGGUCCUGCCUCCAUUGCAGCUGCAGCAGCUUCCACUCUUCCAGUACUUCCAAGUUAUGAGAAAAAACUCGUAAAGUUCCGAGUAUAAAGUAGUAGCUAUAUCACAAAAAUAAUGUCGGAAUCGUCAAGAGAAAUAAAGCAAAUAAUUUGAUGAAUAAAUAAUCAAGUUACAUGAGAAUUAAAUUUUAUUUCAAGAAAAAAAAACAUCUAAAUUUUAUCAUAGUUAAGUCAGAAUAUAACGAUAAAUAAGUCAGAAUUAUAUGAGAUUAAAAUCCUAUUUUUGUAUGUGAAAGUCAUAAUUUGACCAAAAUUAAGUACAUUAAUUUAAAUAUUACAACAAUAGUUGUAACUCUAGACCAUUAAGUCAGAAAAUGUGAAAAUAUUAAGUAAAAUUGUAAUGUUACUGUACAUUUAAAUAAAAGUUGCAUGAUUAUUUUCUGUCUUUACAUGAAAAGUCAUUUCUGAAAGAAAGUUGUAUUAUUGUGAAAAAAAAGUAUGAGAAAAUGCUGUUAUUUUGCAUCAUUGUGUAAUUUUGUUGGGCUUUUUCAAUCAUCAAACCAGAAUUGUUUUUCUUAAACACAUCUUUAGCAAUGUUAGUGUUUAGUGGGCUUCCUCCACAGCAAACUCAUCCAAACAUGCCUUUGUGGACGUUGCACUGACAUGGGACAACACUGGGGAAAAAUGAAUUAUCAAAUGAACUGUGAUUAAAUUGAAUGGUUUACACCUAAUCAAUUGCAGUUUCAUUACAAAAGGUCUUAUUGCUGUAACUGUGAUAACAAGUAGAAAAAGAUCUACAGUACCUAUCUGGAUGCUGGAAGCUCUUCAAUGUGACUUUUUUUGCUUGAUGAACGCUUGAAAUACAUUUAAAUAGGAAAUAACAACUGAGGCUCACCUGAAUGCAGAAAAGGGUUCUCAGAGUGGAAAAUUUUAAACGAAUAAAAAAAAAAUAUAAAAAACGUAUUUAGUGAAACAUGAAAUUUCCAAACUACUUUGUUGUUUACCAGUCUAGCGUAAAUAUUUAGAAGCUAUCCCUCGGCAUCUGAUGUCUCCACCGCUCGUCUGUCCGCCCUUUCCUGUUUAGUUCCCAAUAUCCUGCCCGUCACCAUCGCGGCCACGCUUACGUAAACGGCAAAGACGGAAGAAGUCGGACAUUUGGUUUCCUCCAUGAAUGUAAAGUUUAUUUCAGUCGUCCUCCGCGGACAAUAAAAGACAACACUUAUACAUUUGCAGUCCCGACAUGCAGAACAAUCAUGAAAGCCCCCCAAAAAAAGAGCAGAGAAAAAUGUUUUUUUUUGUUUGCUUUUGUAAAGUGAAGUGGUACAAGUUUGUGUUAUCCACUCAUGCAGCGCACAACUUAGAAUAAAAAAUAAUAAAAAAAAGACGACAACAACGUCCACAUUCAGCAACAGUUGACAACUUCAAAGCAGUUAGAGCUGUCCCGUUACAAACGCCAUGAAACCCAAAAAUCGGACAGUAAGAGUAACGACAGAAAAUAAGCUACAUCGGGAGCGGCAUCUCCCCUUCCAAGCCAACUGAGCAUCGUAAAGUCACACAUUUACCAAAAACGCUCCGACGAGCCCACGCGGAACAUGCAUCAGCACACAGGAGGACACCAUAGCUAGACCUGGGCUCGUGCACGUAGACCAGUAUGAGCAAGCAUUGAAACACACACACACACACACACACACACACAUACAUACAUUAAAAAAAAAACACAC